AUGAUGCUUUGCGGUUUGGAACAGGGUGUUGACAUCCUAGUUGCCACUUCAGGAUGCUUGGUGGAUAUGAUAGAGAGAGCCAGAGUUUCUCUCCAAGAAGUCAAGUAUUUGGCUUUGGAUGAAGCCGAUCGAAUGUUGGAUAUGGGUUUUGAGCACCAGAUAAGAAAAAUUGUUGAGCGGAUGGAGAUGCCUCCACUAGGUGCAAGGCAAACAAUGCUUUUCAGUGCAACAUUUCCAACUGAUAUACAAGUUCGUUAA